UUUAAAAGAGCCGAAACAGCCAAAAUUCGCGACUCGCGAGCCGAAAGUCGCGAGUCACGAGGACAUUCGCGACUCGCGACAUCAUGUUGCGAGUCGCGAGUUCAGCCACGAGUACUCUCGCGACUCGCGAGACGAGGUCGCGAGUCGCGAGAUUCUAGCACUUAUGCCUCUGUCCAACUCGCGAAUCGCCAGCGGAAAUUCGCGAGUCGCGAGAUAAUGUCGCGACUCGCGAGACAAAGUCGCGAGUCGCGAGUCGCGAGUUUGACAGAGCAAAAAUAUACAAAAAUCGU